GUAAGCUCUGCAAGACCUUUACCGUCGUGUCGGCAUCUUGUUCGCCGUACUUGACAUGCGUCAGCUAUGCUGGGUGACACAUGGCUUGCCGCAGUGCGGCUUGCGCAGAUGGCACGAAGGAGCGUGGUAUGGCUUUAAUGCACGAGUGCUUCUCCUGCGAGACCCGUCAAGCGCUGGCAAAGACUCAAAAGACGUCAAUCGAAAGACUUUUCAAAAGCAGUAGUUUGGUUUUGACAGCGCUUUUAUUUAGCCCGCAAUUUAGUCCACCGCAAACACAAUGUCUUUCGCCAACACCACGCAAUGGUACCUGGAUCUCCGGCCAGUUUAUGUUGAUGUUAUUGGAGACUUUGCUGGGACAGAGCUGUUUGUUGUGGAUGGGGAUACCCUUGUCUGCUUAGCAUUGCACAGUGCAUCUGAUAUUCGUUCCUCAGAGGCGGACAGUAUACAAGCUCUUCAUUGCCUCUAUGCCGCUGAGUUGUUCUUGAAGAAAUUGCUCGAUGCGAAAUCUAAUUUUGAGCUGGCCUUUUUCAAUGAUAGGAAGAGAGUCUGCACUGCGACCUCCAAAACAGGACAACCCAAAGAUGUCCACUGCCGGCAGUUUAUUCGCGAGAUCAUAAUACGGCACCUACGGAACAACACGAAUGUCGCUGUCAAUGUAUUUGAGUCGGUUUUCUCGGAAGAUUGGGCCAACUAUGUGGAAGCGAAAAAGCCGUACUUUAUUAUGACCGAUGACGGCACAGCGGUGUCUGUUGAUGCUGACGAACCGAAUGAACAUGACGAUGCACAGCGUCGCAUGAUGUUAGAGUCAAUGUGGAUGUUUUUGCAUCAAGGCCUAACAGUGACUCUUAUGUCCGAAGAUAUGUUUCGGGACAAUAAGAUUGUCAGCUUCGUGUUUCAUACAUCACUUCGCUUUAUGCAAGCCUCCGAUCCUGCCGUUCACAAGAAAGCUUUCCUGCGUGCUAGAAGGAGAUUGGAAGCUGCGAUCGCUAAGCGUGUUAACCAAGUAGCUUCUAAGGACGCUAAUGAAACCAAUAUGGCCGCUAUGACUCCCGAUGCUCCAAUCGUAGGACAAAUUCUCAGCGUAAUUCUUCCUGGACUUGACGUCUUUCAGCAAGACUUGGCGAAAAUAUUCCUAAUUCAUUCGUUAUUAUUACCUACUAUACCCCUGGAGCUGCGUGCCAGGCGGGAGGCGUCACUGCCAUUUGAUCUCAAGCAUAUGGCCUCGCUUGACAAUUUUUUGACCGGCUUUUACAUGACGGCCACCAAUCUGGUGACCAAUGCGGAUUCGACCAAUGAUGUGAUGGAUAUUGUCGAUGAGCGCCUGUUCAAGUCUCUAUUACUUGAGAUCAUUGCGAAAUUUCAUGAUAGUAGCGCCGCGUCCCCAAAAGACUGGAUUGGUGAUUUACCACAAGUCGGUAAAGCCGAGGAAACCUACAAAGUCAUUACGCCAGAUGAUGAUACAUCAACGUUAUGGGACUUGAUGGCACUUCAAGAAGCAGCCAGAACAAGUCCUGUGGAAUAUGCUAUACAUGUAUCUACCUCGACUGAAUCUAAUGAAGCCAUCCUUCCUCUGCUUCCCUAUAAUCAGCCAUAUCUGAUGCACCGUUUACCAGAUCUACCAACCGCGGUGAUCGAUACCAGUAUCAAUGAUUCUGUAUUUGAUUCCCAAGUGAUUCCAAAUUACGAAAAGCAUCAUUGGCAUGUACAUAAACCUCUGCCGUCUUUGAAAAAGCCUGCAUCGGGAGGAAGAGUCUUCAGCGCUCAAAAGAAAACAGGCAUUGCGAGGAAAUCGGAGCAGGGCCAUGCUUACUCCAUACAAAAGUAUGCCAGUUCGUUGACCGGCGCGAGCGGCAGAAUUCUGAAACCAAAGACAAUUAUCGUUCAACCACAUGGACAUCAACCAACUACAAGCAAAGGGAAUAGUGGAGCGAAAGCGUCUGGUAAAAAGAAAAGCGGUAAGGCGGAUGACAUCCGAGCUGCCAAUGAUGCUCGACUCCAAGCUGGUAAAGAAGAGGCGGCCCGCAAGAAGUGGACUAUCAUACGAGACAUGAUAGAGCGAAUAGAAAACAUUGACACGCAACGAAUCGAAUUGGAGCGCGCAAUUGCCAAGGUUGACACGCCGAGUUCAUUAGCAGAAGAGCAAAAUCUAUACUUGGUCAUGAUCCUAUUGAAAAAGUGGGCUACGUUCUGUAUCGGGGCAAACGGAGAGGAGACAACCCACGAUAGAAAAGAGGAAGGAAUGCCUGUUUUGGUGCAGAUCUUCAAAUUGUGCAGACAGAUAAUAACGUCUACUGCAUCUACAAAAGCGACCGUGGCAGAAGCCUUGAACGUUUUGGAAGUGGUUGGGUUACUGGAGCCAGGGGCCAGAUCGAUGUCCCCGAAAGUGAAAGCCAAGUCCAGCGACAAAAUUAAGAAAGGUUCAAGUACCAAAGAGAGAUCUGCAGCUAAGAAGGGCUCGGCCAAAUUAGACGGGAUACAUGGCGCGCUCGCCGAGGAUGACCAGCUCUCGUUUAAGUUCAUGUAUCCCCGUCGUCCGACCAACAUAUCUUGGCUCAAGAGCCACCACAGUUUAGCAAGGUUUCAGAUGUUGCAUUACGGAUCGCAUAUGGACCGUACAAUGGGAUCUGCUCCAGACCCAAGAGUCGAUUUCCUUCCGGAUGAAUGGCAGCGUAAAGUCCUUGACAAAAUCGACGCCAACGAAUCCGUUUUCGUGGUUGCCCCAACCUCUGCCGGCAAAACAUUCAUUGCAUUUUAUGCAAUUGAAAAGGUGCUGCGGGAGAGUGAUGAUGGUGUCGUUGUGUAUGUUGCGCCGACGAAAGCGCUUGUGAAUCAGAUCGCCGCGGAAAUUUCGGCGAGAUUCUCAAAAGUCUACAAGCAUCCGGGGCGAACCGUCUGGGCGGUCCAUACCAGAGAUUAUCGAAUCCAUGAGCCUCUAAAAUGUCAAGUCUUGAUUACAGUACCGCAUAUAUUACAAAUAUUGAUGCUCCAGCCUGAUGUAAGUGCCGAGUGGACCCCACGUCUAAGGCGUAUCAUCUUCGAUGAGAUACAUAGCAUUAGUAACCUUGACGGUGGCUUAAUUUGGGAGCAAAAUCUUAUUCUUUCACCUUCUCCAAUUGUUGCGCUUUCGGCCACAGUGGGAAAUCCUACAGAGUUUAGUCAGUGGUUGGAAGCCGUGCAAACUGCAAAAGGGCACAAGUUGGAAAUGGUCAGACAUGCGCACCGAUAUUCCGAUCUCCGAAAAUUCGUUUAUCUUCCUUUGAAUCUACCCAAGUUCACAAGGUUGGAUGAAGAUUCGAGCGAGCGGGGUACUAGUCUUUGCCAUCUGCAUCCAGUCGCCGCUCUCUCCCUUGGUGCUACUACUAUUCCUGAUGAUCUCCAUUUGGAACCUUUCGAAUGCUUACAGUUAUAUGAAACUAUGGCUAGUGAGCAACGUGGGGAAGGCGCUGAAUUACUGUCAAAACUGAAGCCUGAAGAGUACUUUGGCCACAAGUACAUCAAAAAGUCUGAUAUCAUACAGUACCAGAACGAAUUAAAGGCGAUAUUGCAGAGCUGGAUGGAGAUGCCGGGCGCACGAAAUUCGAGACCGUACAGCCGCGUCAUGGACAGAAUGACGGAGAAACUACGUGCUACCUGGGAAACAUGUAGAAGUGCCAUUGGAGAAGAACCCAUUGGGCUCAAGUUUGCAUUGAAGAAUGUGAUCGCAUUAUGUCAUGAUCUCCAUAGAAAUGGGAAACUCCCAGCCAUCCUCUUCAACUACUCCCGUGACAACGUGGAGCAAUUAGGGCUACGAAUAUGGGCAGAGUUGAAGAAAGCUGAAAAAAAGUACAAGCGAACGAGUCCGGAAUGGAAAGCCAAGAUCAAAGCAUGGAAGGCCUGGAAAGCUGCCGAGGCUGUCCGACAAGCCGCACAAGAGAAACAAGCACGAGCACAAACGCGGUCUGAAGACGCGGACAAUCUUCCGGAUUCCGAUAUGGGCUGGGAGUCCACGUUUGACCCCGACGCCCCGUUAGCCGCCUUUAGUUUCGCUGGGUUAAAGUCCAGUCUGUCGCCAUCGGAAAUUGAUGCAGAAAUCAAUGGGCUCAGAAAAUGGGGAAGGGUUGAUCCUGGCUUGUGUUCAGCAUUGCGACGUGGUAUUGGGAUCCAUCAUGCAGGAAUGAACCUGCGGUAUCGUCAACUUGUGGAGAGGUGGUUCCGGGCAGGAUGGCUACGUGUAGUUGUUGCGACUGGAACACUAGCACUGGGUAUCAAUAUGCCAGCUGCUACCUCAGUCUUCACCGAGGACAGCGUUUAUUUGACCGCACUAGAGUACAGACAGGCUGCUGGACGAGCUGGAAGACGUGGAUUUGAUCUGCUUGGUAACGUUGUCUUCUUUGGAUUGCCACUCGAAAAGGUCUAUCGUCUCCUUGCUUCUCGGCUACCGGAUCUUAGUGGGCAUUUCCCGCUCUCCACAACACUCGUUCUCAGGUUGCAUCAGCUGCUGAGCGACGCGGACGCAGCCGACAUGGGACAGAAAAUGUUGGAAGAGGUACUUACAUUGGGAAGAUUAUCGAUCGUGAACCCGGCGACAAAACAGGAGGUUUUGCACCAUUUGAGGUUCUCUAUUGAGUACUUGCGUAGAGCCGAGCUGCUGGAUGUGAAUGGACACCCCAUUAACUUGGCAGGGAUUGUUUCCCACUUGUAUUGGACGGAGCCGAUGAAUUUGUGUUUCGCGGUUCUUUUGAAUUCCGGUGUACUAAGCGAGAUCGCCCUUGGAAAGGAUCCUAAUUUGACUAUGUUAACAUGUCUUGCUCACUUAUUUGGCAGGCGUGAACGGCCAUCGACUCUUACGGCCUUUGCAAAAGAAUUAAUAAGGAGAUCGCCUUCAAAGGUUUUCCUUGAGCCUAUGCCCGAGGCAAUGCGUAAGGUCCUUUCGGAGCACAACAUUCUAGUGUUCCGUAUCAUGGAGUCUUAUAUCCAUCAUUAUGUGCGGACAUUGAAAGAGGAGGAAAUAACUUAUCUGCCUUUAUCUGAGCGGGCUUUUGUGAAAACUCGCCGCGCCGUGCCGAAAGAAUCACCCAUGUUUGCUCGUCUUGCGGAUACAUCGCUCAGUUAUGUGGCCAGAUCUCCGUUCGUUGCCCUCUCUGGCAAGGACGAUAAAUUCAAAUCCGUGAAAGAGAUGUCUCGCACUCUCCGUGGCGGUGUGAGACUUCAACAUACAGUGGUUCCAACCGUCUAUGAACUUCUUGACACAAGUACCGUUCUCGACUCGUACAUUGUUGACUUUUACAAGCACGGCCAGUUCCAGGCGCUCAUUGAUGGAAACGGAAUACGACCAGGGGACGUAUGGCAGCUGAUUAAUGACUUUUUGCUCAUUGUCGCUGCUUUGAGAACUGGAUUGACUGUGCUUUUACGUGCGUGGGAAGAAAAAAUGAGGAAACAGGAUGAGGAAUUGAUCUCGGAAGUAUAUGGGGACGGGCAUCCUGAACUGGUCGAAGAGGACAAUGAUGAAGAGUCUGAUGGUGAGGAACUAGAGGGGCCAACCAAGUGGCUCCCGCCCAUCAAAAUAAAGCCAAGGUGGAGAGAUAAUAGGAUUUGGGAUGUCUAUCUGGUUCUCUGUGAUGUGCAAAGGGGGUUGCAUGAAAAAUUGGAGGAGAUGAAUGCGUAGUAUAUUAUGUAGGGAUGUGAGGAUGCGCUUUCAUUUAUUGCCAGAUACUGUAAAAUAUCCAUGUAAACACUUUUCAGUAAAAUAUUAUAUGCUGCAUCACGUCGUG